AUCGGUUCGCUUAAUCGGUAAUCAUCUUUAUUUAACUGAAUAUGUCUUGUUGUUGUUUUACUUUGUUUUUGAUAAAGCUUGUUGUUUUCAUAAUAAAUUUUUAUUGUGUUUCUGAAACUUGUUGCUUUUUUGUCAUGGAAUAGUUUUAAGUUGUGGUCAUGAAUUGUGCAAAUGGCAAUUGCAAGUUGUCUGUAGACUCUGCACCAGUGUUAUCGAAUAUCUGCAAUGGCAGUGCCAUGGCGGAUAUCUGUGGUGGUUUUUGGGCUCGCCGCAAUGGAAAAUAUCGGUCGAUAUUGCAGGGAUGGAAGCCCUUGGUUCUGUGGAUGACCUUUUGGAUUUCUCAUCUGACAUAGGCGAGGAUGACGAUGACAACACUAAGAAAGCCUUUCCUUCACUUAAACCAAAAUGCGGUGAUCCACUGUCGCUUGAUACAUUGGACCUGGCCGAUCCAAAUUCAUUUUCUGAGUGUGCAGAAGAAGAGCUUGAAUGGUUAUCCAACAAAGAUGCGUUUCCGGCUGUGGAAACAUUUGUUGACUUAGCCUGUAUUCAACCAGAUAUUUUGAAGUAUCAAAGGACAACCCCGAUGCUCGAGAACAGCACAAGCAGUAGCAACAGCAAUAACAGUAGCAACAGCAUUACCCUGCUAAGUGGCUACAAUCACAUAAAGUUCCCUGUCCGUGCACGGAGCAAGUCUCGCAGUAAGCCUCGCAUUGGCCUUGCUGACACCUCUAACCAGCUAUUCUCGUGGAGACUACCGAGUAACAAAGUUUCAAAAGAACGAGUACAAACCUUGGCCAUUGGGAGGAAAUGUACUCACUGUGGAGCCGAGAGUACUCCACAAUGGCGGGCAGGUCCAAAUGGUCCAAAAACACUUUGUAAUGCAUGUGGGGUUAGGUAUAAGUCUGGCCGACUUGUGCCUGAAUACCGCCCUGCAAAUAGCCCAACUUUUCGCAGUGACGUGCAUUCUAAUUCCCACAGGAAAGUAUUGGAGAUGAGGAAGCAUAAGGGAAUGGGUUGAUAGUCAUGGAUAAAAUGAAAAAUGGUAGUGAAACAUUGCUUUUAGCAUUUAGCAUUGCUAAAAGUUAGGAUUUUGUUUUUCAUUUUAUUCUGAUUAAUUUUUAGUCCAUUUUUGCUAUGGGAUGAUUUAGAUUGGCAGUGAAAUUUUUUUAUUAAAAUUGAAA